AUGCUCAACAAGAAAAGAUCCCACAACCUGCAGCGCAGCUCCCUUUCAGCACCCAGGCCGGCAGCACCUCGAGCAGUACCAGGGGUGGCACCCGUGAUAGUACCCGCGGUAGCAUACAGAGGGGCCUCCAGAACAGCACCGGCCGCAGCACCGGCCCUAGCACCCGCCACAGCAUACAGAGGAGCAUAUAGAGCAGCACCUGCAGUAUCUCCAAGAGCAGCACCUCCUCCCAGCUCUCGGGGAAGGACACAGGGUGGCGCCAUGAAGGGCGAUAUGGCCCUAGCACCCAGAGCGGCACCUAGGGCGACACCUAGAACAACACCCGCUCCCCACGGUCACAGAGGGGACGAGUGGUACAAAGUCUUCGUACCAGAGUUCGACACAGUAGCCUACGAUCCUCUGGACCCUCCCAAGCGAUACCACACUGGUAUCUUCGUUGAAACAGACACAGAGACUCUCCGAGGAGCGCUAUUUCACGUCACCGGAGACAUCAUCGCCAACAGCGGCAUGCGGUUCGAAGUGAGAGACAACUAUGUUCCUGGAGCGUCCAGGUAUUUUCACAGAACCACAGAGAUUGGAUGGAUUCGCAAAGCCGAUUAUCCGAGAAUAAGGGGUAUCUUGGAAGCCUUGCCCAAACCGACCAAACAGCAGGGAAUUGACUUUUGGAGCAAGGAUCCAGCUAAGCGGAAUAAGCUUACUUGGACGAAGCAGAAUGGGGAUCUUUACGGCCCCGGCGAACAACGGCGGCCAAUCAUGAAGUGUAAUGAAUGGACGCAUCAGCUUGCGAUUCCGAAGUUGCGAGGCGAAAGAAUUUUACAAUAG